AUGGAACAAGACCCAUCACUUUAUGAAACUUUAACAUAAGAAUAAAUAUUUGGUAUUUUAUGCAUCAUUCUCACAAAAUCAUCUUAUCAUAGAACUCAAUCAGAAAUUGAAAUUCUUAAAAAAGCUACCAUACAUAUAGAUUAUUUUUAAAAAUUAAUUGAAAAAGAAUAAGGACCUUUAUUAUGGGAAAGAUGUUUAAGAAAAAUGAGUUAUACAUACCUUUCAUAUGGUCAAACAUUAUUUAAAGAAGGUAUUUAUUAUUAAUAAUUUAAGGUGAUGUUGGUACUACUUUUUAUAUUAUUUUAUAAGGAAGAGUAUCUAUCCAUAAAAGAUUAUUAGUUUAAGAUGAAUUUUAAGAUAAAGAAUUAAUAUAAUUAUAAGAUGGAUAAGGAUUUGGAGAAUUAGCACUUGAAAAUAAUGAACCUCGUUCAGCAUCUGUUAAAGCCAUACUUCCAACUCAUUUAGCAGUUUUAGAAGCUGAAGAUUAUAUGGCUAUCAAAAAAACUGUGGUAAUCCUAAAUUUAUUCAAAAUAAGAUUAACCAACAAAGAUAAAUGUAUUUUGAAGAGUUUGCUAAAUUGA